AUUCGACGAAUUAAAAAAUGCCGGCCCGGGGCUUUUGCCAAAAAAAGGCGCAGACGCGUCGAUAUUGGCCCGGGACGGCGUACCGCAGUGCUCACAGCACCGCCGCAGCCAGCCAGCAGCAGCCAUGGCCCGCGCCCACCUCCCCGUCGACGUCGAGCUAGCUAGCGCCUUCCUCCAGGCCCAAUCACAAGACUCAAAGGUGGCCUGGAUCGCCUGCACCAUCAAGGGCGAAGCUAUCUCAUUAAUAAAGGCCCACGAAGACGCUACCAGUGAACUAUCAAGCACGGUCGACAGCUUGAGAGCCGCCGUACCGUUGAAUGACGAGCAGCCAUGUUUUGUACUCAUAGCAAGAGAAAGAACACCAACAGCAAGGAGGUGGCAAUUACUAAAUUGGGCCCCGGACUGCGCGCCGCCUCGCCUCAAAAUGCUCUACUCGUCGUCGCGCGAAGACCUGAAGCAGAGUCUAGGCGCCGGUUUUUUUGCCUCGCACAAGGACUUCUCGGCUUUUGAUAGUGAUUUGUCUGGUGCAGCAUUGCUCGCCGCAGAGACGAAGAGCGACGGGCCGCUCACGGACGCCGAACGCUUGGAAAACGAGGAGCGCACGCGGCCCGCGUUCUCGCGGUGCGCGGGCAUGGCCUCGGUACCUUUCGAAUUAUCCGCCGAGGCGUCGACCGCUUUACAAGGCUUGUCGACGGGCUUGGUCGAGGUCGUGUUGGGCGCGAACGAGACGCUUGAGCUUGCUCAAAGCUGUGAGGAGACGGCGCGCAUCCGCGACGCCCUCAGUGCUCUGGACGCGCCGCGCUUCGUGGUCGUGAAGCGGAGCGAGAAAGCAGUCUUAGUGUUCUAUUGUCCGGACAGUGCACCCAUCAAGCAAAAAAUGACCUAUUCGACCGCCAAGCAGACGUUUUCUGGACUUGUAGCCGAGAAGGGCAUCCAAGCGACGCUCGUCGACUGCCGCGACGCCUCCGAGCUGGAUUCGAGUGUUGCGGGCGUGUUGGAUGAGACGGCUGUGGAAAAGGCCCACGUGCCCCUCGUGCACAAGCCCUCGACAAAACCGUCGCGGCCGGGCCGCCGCGGCUCGUCGCGCGUGAAGAAGUUCGUCUCGGAUUCGAGCGUCGUGGAGGCGAUCAACUGAAGACGCCGUCUAAUAUACUAUGUGUUGAA